AUGGCGAAGGAGAGUAACAUCAUGUUUUGGAAUUACGUUAAUCUUGUUGCCGAGAAAGUUGACGUUGACGACUGGAAUUCUUGUAAGAUUUUUUGUGUUACAAUAUGUAUAUUUUUUUUUUGCUUUUUGCUCCAAUAUUCUUUAACUUCAGUAAGUCAGGAAAAGCAGCAUAAUAUUGCUAUACGUCUUGCAAACUCAUAUUUGGGUGACAGCCGAACAGAUCUCCUAAAAUUUGCGCUUUCAAUAAGAGUUCAUUCUCCCACAGUUCAGCUUUUCCAACAAGUAAUGAAUUUUAAAUACUACAGCAAAAUCUCACUUACACUGGGUUCUGAAAGUCAGGGAGUUACUUGCGAAUCAUAUGCUGAAGUCUUUGGGAAGUUGGCUUGUACGCCUGAAGAACUUUACCGACUUGUAGAGAACGUCACGGAAGGGGAAACGGCUUCUACUCUGUAUUCUCUGGAUCAUGUGUUCCCUUUAUCAGAGGAUAGUGAGGUUCCUGUUAUAGUUUACGGCGAACUUGGAACCCGUUCGUGGCUUAGUAUGCAUAAUACUGCAAAAACACUUGCUCGUAACGGCAAGGCAAAAUACGUUUUUCGACACUGGAUAAAGGAUCCUGGAGAUGAUAAAGUUUUACUCUCAGGUUAUGGUGUUGAAUUAGCAAUAAAGAGUACGGAGUACAAAGCGAUGGAUGAUAGUAGUGUUGCAGAAAAAAAUAAGACCGAUUCAGAAGGAGAAGCAGACAUUGCUGAUUACGAAGAUAUUUGUGGUUUCAAUUUCAAUAUACUGCGCAAACUUCACAAGGAUAGCAGAGACCAUUUGGACCAGUUCCGGUUGCAUCUUUUAGAAAAGGAUGAAUUAACUCCUCUAAAACUUUGGCAAGUCCAGGAUCUCGGGUUUCAAGCUGCUCAAAAGAUUGUUCUGUCUCCUCCAGAGAAAGCUCUUGGUAUCCUUGCUGAGACAAGUCAAAACUUCCCUCUUCUAGCCCGGUCGUUAUCAAGACAAGUGGUAAAGAAAGAAUUCAGAAAUGAAGUAGAGUCUAAUCAGGAAAUUUCACUCUCAGAACUUGGACUUAGUCCUGGUGAGAACGCUUUGUUUAUCAAUGGCAUACAUAUAGACAUCGAUUCCCUUGAUGUAUUUUAUUUGCUGGAUCUUUUAAAACAGGAAGAAAAGCUUGCUGAUGGGUUUUUUAAAAUAGGUGUUAAUCGGGAAUAUAUUUCAUUACUCACUAGUAUGGAUGUUGUUGAUGACUCUGCUUCGUAUGCUUUGGACUUUCGGAGUGCAAAACCAGAAUACCUGAACAACUUAGAUACCGACAAACAAUACCGACAGUGGGGGAAUAGUGUAAAGCUCAUGCUACAGCCUUACUUUCCAGGGAUGAUUCGACCUAUUGCCCGAAAUUUUUUCACCUUGAUCUUUAUACUGGAUCUUUCCGCAAAAGAAACAUAUAAUUUAUUGAAAUUUGCAAUCUCGUUUUACAAUCAUGAAAUUCCGAUAAGGAUAGGUGCUGUAUUUAUAGCCAACGACGAUGAAUCGGUUUCUGGAUUUGACGAUUUUUCUGUAGCUAUGCUAAAUUUAUAUAACUAUGUGAAGGAGGAGUCUGGGACUCUGCAGGGUUUUAAAAUCUUGAAACAGGUACUUGAUGAUAAUAAGGAACAGGAAGUCUUCUCUCCAAAAUAUGUCUUAGACACAUUUUCUGAGAUGUAUCCUGAUCAAGACCUUAAUGAAGUAUUUGGUUCCAAUUCUCCGUAUAACGGUGGGAAGUCAGCCGGACAAUCAUUUCUUCAAACUAGUGGUCUCAACAAUGCACCGAAAGUUUUACUUAACGGAAUGCCUUUGGAUGAUGCUGGAUUGAGUGCUGACCGAUUUGAGGAAACUGUUAUUACAGCAGUAAUGAAAAUUACACCUCGGAUACAAAAGGCCAUCAUAAGUGGCAAAUUGAAAGAUCGUGACAAUGUAAUGAACUGGAUACUCUCACAGCCUGAAGUCAUGCCCCGUAUCAAUAGGCGGAUUCUCGACACUCCGUCAUCGCCAAACGUUGUAUUUCUGGACCUCACUAAUAAGCAGAAGUGUCCAUUUAAAAACCCUGCAGACUUUCACAGACUUCCACAGGCUGAGCAUAACCAAUGUAUUUUGGAGAGAAUACGUUACCUUCAUAGAGGAGACGAACCUCGGACUCGUUAUGUCUCUGUUUGGGUGGUUGCUGAUUUUGAAGAUGCUGAAGGAAGAGAGCUUGCUUAUAAUACUGUUAGGCGUUUAAAGCAUUCGCACAAUUUAAGAGUCGGUUUUCUAAGUAAUCCAGUUGACAUGGAGGCUGCUUCUAAAUCAACAAGUGUUUCAAUGUUAAUAAACGCUGCAAUGCGGCUAUUAAUGCCAAGUCAGGCAAAGCAGUUUGUGACGAAGCUUAUCAAAGAGGAGUUUAUUAGCAAGUAUCUUGCUGGCUCACUUGCUCUUGGAGACAUCGCAGUCAAUGGUAUGAAUAUUGAAGCUUUUUCCAAGGAGCUGAAACAGUUGAGUGCAGAUGAGAUAGUCGCCACUUCAAAAUUUGUUGGCCGUGCUUUGCUUCUAAAGCCGGGUGAUAGAGCACUGGUGACGAACGGAAUGUUAAUUGGGCCGUUAGUGGCUGACGAGUCGUUAAGUGAAGGCGAUAUUGAGUUGUUGGAAAAAUUGGCAUUUUCUCAGGGAGUAAAGGUCAUUGGAAGUUUUGCCGAGAAACGGGGAAUUAGAGGUUCGGACAACACUUAUUCCGAUUUUGUAUUGCGAUCUGCUGCACUAAUUAGCAGUACACCGACAAGUAGUAAAAGAACCCUAUUCAAUCUCAACAGUGAAAAAUACAGUGUGGUAGCUGUGCCUGCUAGGAUGGACACAGAAAUGCGAUCCUCCUUUGAAGCGUUCGGUGUUGUCGAUCCAUUAACAAACGGUGCCCAAAAAAUGAGUACUUUAUUGGAAGUAAUUCGCGAAGUGGCGAAUGUUAACAUCAAAUUGUUCCUCAAUCCAAGAGGGAAACUCAGCGAGCUGCCUUUGAAAAGGUUUUAUCGCCUUGUUUUACACCCUUCUGUUUCAUUUGAUUCUUCUGGUUCUAUUGCGAUAUCUUCAUACCAAGCUCGUUUUACAUCUUUGCCUGAGAAACAGCUGCUGACAUUAUCUGUCGUUCCUCCAGACUCGUGGAUGGUUCAGUCAGUGUAUGCCGUAUAUGAUUUGGAUAAUAUAAAAAUGGAAAAUGUCAAGGGAAGCGUCACAGCUGAAUUCCAACUUGAAAACAUCCUUCUAGAUGGCCAUUGCUUUGAUGAUAAUACUGGAUCUCCUCCUAGAGGGCUGCAGUACACUUUGGGAACUCGUAGUAAUCCUGCUGUUUAUGACACGAUUGUAAUGGCAAACCUUGGCUAUUUUCAAUUGAAAGCUAAUCCUGGAGCUUGGAUUUUACGUCUUCGCGAAGGUAAUCACUACAAUACAGAAUCUGAAAAGGAUGAGUCUGUUCAUGUUCUGAUCGACUCCUUUAGAGGACGUACUAUUCGAGUGAGAGUUUCAAAGAGACCCGGUAUGCAGGAUAAGAAUUUGUUAUCGGAAGGAAAAUCUGGGAAAGAUGAAGAAUCACAGUCUCUAUGGAGCACUAUUUCUUCAUUCAAUCUCGUGUCCUGCAGGGCGCAAAGCGGUGGCAGUAGUUUACACGCUUACUUCUUAAGUUAUUUAUUCAGGGUAAUACUGACUUUAUCUGGCGGUGAAAAAUACGAUACCAUAAAUAUUUUUUCGCUUGCGUCGGGACACCUCUAUGAAAGAUUUAUGAGGAUUAUGAUGCUGAGUGUGAUGAAGCACACCAAGUACCCUGUUAAAUUCUGGCUACUAAAAAAUUACCUUUCGCCUCAGUUUAAGGAAACGCUUCCCGUUUUGGCAAAGCAUUAUGGUUUUCAAUACGAACUCGUCGAAUAUAAGUGGCCGCGAUGGUUACAUCAUCAGACUGAAAAACAGCGUGUUAUGUGGGGGUAUAAAAUCUUGUUCUUGGAUGUACUUUUCCCACUGGACGUUCGAAAAAUAAUCUUUGUUGAUGCGGACCAAAUAGUAAGGGCUGAUUUAAUGGAACUGAUGGAACUGGAUCUUGGAGGCGCACCAUAUGGUUUCACUCCAUUUUGCGAUAGCCGCACUUCUAUGGAAGGCUUCAGAUUUUGGAAACGAGGGUAUUGGGCUAACCACCUUGCAGGCCGUAAGUACCACAUCAGUGCUAUAUAUGUAGUUGACUUGGUUAAGUUUCGUCAAAUUGCUGCUGGUGAUCGUUUACGUGGGCAAUAUCAGGGGUUGAGUGUGGAUCCAAAUAGUCUUGCUAAUCUAGAUCAGGAUUUGCCAAACAAUAUGAUCCACCAAGUCAGGAUAAAGUCGCUGCCACAAGAAUGGUUAUGGUGCGAGACAUGGUGCGACGAUGAAUCUAAAAAGCACGCAAAAACCAUUGACAUGUGCAACAACCCGCAAACAAAAGAACCUAAGUUGCAAGCAGCUAUGCGAAUUGCUGCGGAAUGGAAAGAUUAUGACAAUGAAAUUAAAGCUGUUUUAUCCGGAUCUGAAGCUGUGGAUGCUGGUGGGAAUAAAGAAUUUAAUAUUCCACAUCAUUCAGAGUUAUAG